AUGCCGCGUCAAGACGGGUCCAUUUACGUUGGACGGUUGGCUAAAAACACUCGUCAGAAAGAUCUAGAGGAGAUUUUUGAAUCAUAUGGACGUUUGCUGCGUUGCGAUAUCAAAUAUGGCUCAGAAAUGGCAUAUGCCUUUAUUGACUUUGAAGACAGGAGAGAUGCUGAGGAUUGUGUAAAAUAUGAAAAUGGCAGAGAAUUCAAUGGACAGACUAUCACAGUGGAAUGGGCCAAAGGUGGAAAAGAGAAAAGAAUUACCUAUGAUGAGUGCUUCCGCUGUCGACGGACUGGCCAUUGGGCUCGCGAUUGCCCUGAAUUGAGAUGGGGAGGGCGUGGUGGUGGCGGAGGAGGAGGGGGUGGUGGUGGCAGAUUUGGUGGCCGGCGGAGAUCGCCGUCUCCAAGACGGAGAAGGUCACGAUCUCGAGACAGAAGACGCAGGAGUCGCAGCCGGUCUUACAACCGCAGUAGCAAGCGCAGCAGGUCCCGUGACAGGAGGCGAAGCCGAAGCCGCUCUAAUGAGAGGAAGCGGAGCAGGUCUGGCAGUGGCUCAGACCGAUCCAGGAGUGGAUCCGUGGAUAAGAAAAAAGACACCCGCCAAAAGAAUGACUCAAGGGAUAGAAAGAGCAGCGGCUCUCGAAGCAAGUCUCGCUCCAAAUCAAAAAGCCGUUCAAAGACGCCAAAGCAGGAGCUUGACAACUCUAAUGAGCAAGUUGCUGGUGACAGAUUUAAGGAAGACAAUGACAAUGGACGAGACAAUGAUGAUGAUGAUGAUCGUAGAUCUCGAAGUGGCAGCAAAGAUUGA